AUGACUGCACCUACUACUCCUAAUAAGCAACGUGAUUAUGGUCAUAUGCCAUCUUCGCCGUCGCUGAUUCCAUCGCCUAGGAAUGCUUCGUAUUCGCCUAAGUACCAGCCACGGUCUGAAGAGAUAGAUGAAAGUCGUAUCAAAGUGCUUAAUCCUGUGGAUACCAACCAAAUCAUUAGUUCUACCAAGCAGCAUCUGCAACAGCACAAAGAACCACACAGUCACAUGACGCAUUUUUAUCGUGAGAAUGUUAAGCAGUUGACAUAUUUGCAAGAUAAUUUGAUGCUGAAGAAGCAGAAAUUGGAUCUUGUGCGAGAUGAGAUGGUUUCCACCAGGGCGAAGGUGGACACUCUUGAGUUGAAGUUGGAAAAGUUGAAGGAGGAUAAGCGUUCGAAAGAACAGGAAGUUCUGCUAAAGGAGAAUGAAUUGAAGAGCCUACGUGAUGAGUCUGAAACCAAGAAGAAGUUUAUGUUGCAAGGUCAUGAUUUACAGUUGCAACAGGUGAAGAGCAGAAAGGAGGCGGAAUUGAAUUCGUUGCAAUCUAGUUAUAGAAGUAGAUGGGAUAGGACGAAAUUUCUGAAAGUUCAGCAGUUCGAUGUAGAGCGGGAUGAAACGUUGGCGGAGGUUGUGGAAUUGAGAAAGUUGGUUGAAGAAAGCGAGAUGCAUCUAAAGAAGCUGCUUCAAGAUAACGAAUCUAAGGAUAGAGAGCAGAAGGAAAUUUGGUUGAGGAAUUUCCAAAAUGAUUGGAAACGAACUAUCCAGGACAAUGAGGCAGCUUCGGGUGAAAUAGAAAGAUUGCAGAAGCAAGUUAAAAAUGAAUUAAAGCCAAAGCUAAGGUCCCAAGAAGAGGAGAUUAUAUUACUCAAGGAAACUUUGAAACAACUUCGGAAGAAACUGGACGCAUCAAAGGCGCUGAGUGUAUCUCUCUCUGAUAAAAUAAAUCUCACUACCUUAGGUAUUAAGAAUUCGCUGAAGAUCCGUAGAGAGUUGAAAGACUAUAUUGAAACAUCUAAGAGAGAAAUGAACCAAAUUCGCGAAAUAUUGAUCAAAGAAGAGACCAUGAGACGAAAAUUGCAUAAUGAACUUCAAGAGCUACGCGGUAAUAUUCGAGUAUAUUGUAGGAUACGACCACCGUUAUUAGCUGAAUCUCAGGACACUUCUCACUUUCAUAUUGAGAAGUUUAAUGAAUCUAAGGGGUUUCAAGCUCUUACAAUUAAACGUGAAAACGGUAGAUGUUUUUCUUACAAUUUUCAUUUUGAUAAAAUAUUUGAGCCGCACAAUACCAAUGCAGACGUAUUUCAAGAAAUAUGUCAAUUGGUGCAAUGUUCGUUAGAUGGUUAUAAUGUUUGUAUAUUUGCAUAUGGACAAACAGGUUCUGGUAAAACUUACACUAUGUUAAACCCAGGAGAUGGUAUGAUUCCAAUGACUUUAUCCCAUAUAUUUCAAUGGACUGAAGACCUAAUGGAACACGGCUGGCGUUAUGAAAUGGACUGUGAAUAUAUUGAAAUUUAUAAUGAGACCAUUCUGGAUUUAUUGCGUGAAUUCAAUAGUAAUGAUAAUAUCGAUGAUAUUCUGGAAUCUCAAAAGCACGAAAUUAGACACGACCACGAUAAUCACGCCACAUCUAUCACAAAUGUAACCAAAAUGAAAAUGACUUCCCAAGAACAAGUUGACAGUAUGUUAAAGAGGGCCUCACGUAUGCGCUCAACUGCAUGUACGCGAUCUAAUGAACGUUCCUCUAGAUCACAUAGCGUAUUUAUGGUUCAUAUUAAUGGUCAUAAUGACCAAACAGGUGAAGUCUCGCACGGAAAAUUAAAUUUAAUUGAUUUGGCUGGAUCUGAACGCAUUAACUCAUCACUAGUGACUGGUGAUAGACUAAGGGAAACACAGAACAUUAACAAGUCUUUAAGCUGUCUAGGUGACGUUAUUUAUGCAUUGAAUUCACCUGACGCGGCAAAACGACAUAUUCCAUUUAGAAAUUCGAAGCUUACCUAUCUGUUGCAGUACAGUUUAAUUGGUGAUUCAAAAACUUUAAUGUUUGUUAAUAUUCCAUCUGAUCAGAAACACACUAAUGAAACAUUAAACUCCUUGAGGUUUGCAUCUAAGGUCAAUUCGACCAAAAUGACCAAGAGAUGA